AUGAUAACGUAUUUUGAACCUUCCAUCUCAUUUGAGGGACUGUGCAAUGAAGUUCGAGACAUGUGCUCCUUUGACAACGAACAGCUUUUCACCAUGAAAUGGAUUGAUGAAGAAGGAGAUCCAUGUACUGUUUCUUCUCAGCUGGAGUUAGAAGAGGCCUUUCGGUUGUAUGAACUAAACAAGGAUUCAGAGCUUCUAAUUCAUGUAUUUCCUUGUGUACCAGAACGGCCUGGCAUGCCUUGUCCAGGAGAAGAUAAAUCCAUUUAUCGCCGAGGCGCCCGCCGGUGGCGAAAGCUCUAUUGUGCAAAUGGUCACACUUUCCAAGCCAAACGAUUUAACAGGAGAGCUCAUUGUGCCAUCUGCACUGACCGAAUAUGGGGCCUGGGUCGCCAAGGAUAUAAAUGCAUCAAUUGCAAACUCCUUGUUCACAAGAAGUGUCACAAACUUGUCAGUAUUGAAUGUGGCCGUCAUACACUACAACCAGAACCAAUAAUGCCUAUGGAUCCAUCAUCAGUGCAUCCAGAUAAUGUAGAAUCAGUGAUUCCGUACAAUCCCUCAAGUCAUGAGAGCUUGGACCAUGUUGGUGAAGAAAAAGAGGCAAUGAGCAUUAGAGAAAGUGGCAAAGCUUCCUCCAGUCUGGGUCUUCAAGAUUUCGAUUUGCUCCGAGUUAUAGGAAGAGGCAGUUAUGCUAAAGUACUGCUUGUUCGAUUGAAGAAGACUGAACGCAUUUAUGCAAUGAAAGUGGUGAAGAAAGAGCUCGUCAAUGAUGAUGAGGAUAUUGAUUGGGUUCAGACAGAGAAACACGUCUUUGAACAGGCUUCAAAUCAUCCUUUUCUUGUCGGACUACACUCUUGCUUCCAGACAGAAAGCAGGUUAUUCUUUGUUAUAGAGUACGUAAAUGGAGGAGAUCUAAUGUUUCAUAUGCAGAGACAGAGAAAGCUGCCAGAGGAGCAUGCCAGGUUUUAUUCUGCUGAAAUCAGUCUAGCAUUGAACUAUUUACAUGAACGAGGGAUAAUCUACAGAGAUUUAAAACUGGAUAAUGUGCUACUAGAUUCUGAAGGGCAUAUUAAACUCACAGAUUAUGGCAUGUGCAAGGAGGGUCUGAGGCCUGGUGACACAACCAGCACGUUCUGUGGGACUCCAAACUAUAUUGCACCUGAAAUUCUCCGGGGAGAGGAUUAUGGCUUCAGUGUAGAUUGGUGGGCACUUGGUGUACUUAUGUUUGAAAUGAUGGCGGGCCGGUCACCGUUUGAUAUUGUUGGGAGUUCUGACAAUCCUGAUCAGAACACAGAAGAUUAUCUUUUCCAAGUAAUUUUGGAAAAACAGAUACGAAUUCCCCGAUCCCUUUCUGUUAAAGCAGCAGGUGUUCUAAAGAGUUUCCUCAAUAAGGAUCCAAAGGAACGUUUAGGCUGCCAUCCUCAAACAGGAUUUGCAGAUAUCCAGGGACAUCCCUUCUUUCGCAAUGUUGAUUGGGAUCUGAUGGAGCAAAAGCAAGUGGUGCCUCCGUUUAAACCAAAUAUAUCUGGAGAAUUUGGUCUGGAUAACUUUGAUUCGCAAUUCACCAAUGAACCUGUGCAGCUCACUCCAGAUGAUGAGUAA